AUGGCCCCUCAGGACCAGCCGUCGCGGCCCGGGAUGCCUUCCGCAUUCACGAGCUUCCAAGGCCAACAGAACGCCCAGUUCCACCUGUCACACUUCAAAUUUGAAGGGUUCGAGGCCUCCUUACGUGCUCUCUACGCCAGCACUUCCGAGAAGCUGGAGAGCAUCGGUAUCGCGUCCCACGGGUGCCUAGUAGGGCCACCUCUUAUGAAACGGCAACGUGAGGACUCUGCCAAGCUUCUAGCAGUCAUGAAUAAUUUCAAAGACACUUCUAAGAAGUUGUACGGAGAGCAAAUUGCCACUCUGAAGCAGCGUGGGGAUGCUCUCAACCGGGCCGGAGAGCAAAUUUUCGAGGAAUUGACCGGAAUUGAGAAGAGGAUGACGAAUCUCAAGGAAGCGGAGACCAAGGUCGCCGAGGUGCGCGAAAGACAGGCCCUCUUCGACGCUCGGAAGGGGGAACUGGAGAAGACCCAAGCUGAGGUGCGGGAUCUUCAGGCCCGGCUACAAGAAGAAAGCGAGAGUGUGCAGAGACUACAGGGGGAAAUGAAAGCAGAGAGAAGGCUGGCUUCCCAGCUGGAAGCAAAGCUGGAAGCCGAGAAAGAAAAGACUUCCCAGCUAUAUUUUCGACUGGGCAAAGAACAGCAUCGCUCCGAAGAUUUUGAAGCUCAGAUCUCACAACUCCAGGUCAGGGUUCGAGACGAAGGAAACCGUGCCCAGAGCUUCCAAGAGCAAGUUCAUUCAGAGCGGCGUCAAGCCCGGGGGCUUCGGACUGCCAUUCUGGAGAUCCAGUCCGACUUGAAUGGAGAGAAAGAAGCAGUUGAGCAGUUACGAUUGGAUCUACAAAGAUCCGACUACGAGGUCAUUGAGCUUCGAAGCAACGCCAAAAUCUUGGAACAGAGAAUCUCUGUAGCGAAGCGCAUCAGCGGCCAUUUCGAGAAAUCCGCAGCGGCAAAGCGACGAGACAUUUCCGAGCUCAAAUUACGACUGGACCAGUCAGAGGUUGCAUUGGCCACUUCCGCUUCGGAAGUUGGCGAGAAAAACGCCAGAAUUCAUCAGCUUGAGGAGAGUGUCAGUGAUGCUGAAGCAACCAUUCUCACGGAGAGAAGCAAGUGCACGUCCCUCAAAGAUGAGGUAUCGGUGCUCAAAUCACGACUGAACCAGUUAGACGAUGCUUUGGCCACUUCUUCUACGAAGAUGGCAGAGAAAGAUGAUUACAUGAUCCAGUUGCCUGGCCAGGACGCUUCUUUAGCUUCCGAAGUGCAGAAGAAGCUCAUUAAGAAGACUGAAAAUAAAUGCGCGGCCAAGAAUCGAAAGCGGCUCAAGAGUUUCUUCAACAAAGACCGCGACGGUGAAUACUGCAUGGAGUCCUUCUGCAUUCACCAGAAGAGGUCCGACUGGGGGGAUUCGCCCGAAUUUUCUUGCAAACGGUGCGAGAAGCAACGGGUUGCCUGCAUUAAGCUGGCAGGCAACAACACGCGUGUGAUGUUGCCACUACGGGCAGAGCUACGCGAGGGGAGGGAACCAAGCGAGGAACAGUAUUGGGUGUUAUAA